AGACACAGCAAUAGAAAAAAUGCAAAACAUUUUAAAAAGGAUUUAAAAUGCUUUACAAUAUAUUGCAUCGCAUUUUUCUCAAAUCCUUCCAAAUGUUAGAUACGCCCAUUUGAAAAAUUAGGCUUGAGUUGUAAACAAACCUUUGUCGCGAGCGGAUUUCGAGCGAAAAUCGGAAAUUUUAUUCAAUAUUUCUAAAGUUUGUUAAAUUUUUUGAUCAAGAGGCUUGUGGAUAUAAAAGUUACUACGUCACCCUGCUCUUUUAGUCCAACGCAUAAAAGCAAUGUCCUCUAUCCCCUACGAGUUGCUAAUCCCAUCUGCUGUGCUGACGGCGAGUAUCUUUGCUUUACGGCGAUACAAAAUCCAAAAGUGGGGUUGGGUGAAGAAUGGAAGCUCCCUAAGAGGUAAACUUUUCAUAAUAACUGGAGCGAACACAGGUCUUGGGUAUGAAACUACCAAAGCACUAACCGUUAGGCAAGCAACCACUAUAAUGGCAUGUCGAAAUUUAUCCAAGGCUAGCGAAGCUAUUGACAAGAUUCGUCAAGAGACAAAAGAGGGCGAGUUGAUACCGAUGGAGCUGGAUUUAGCAUCGUUUCAAUCGAUUCGUAAAUUUGCUGCGCAGAUUAAAGAUAUGUAUCCGGAUUUCUAUUGUCUAGUGAAUAACGCUGGCUUGGCGGCUCAGGAACCCGCCUUUACCCAAGAAGGGUUCGAAGUACACUUCGGUGUAAAUCACCUAGGUCAGUUCCUUUUAGUGGAUCUGCUAAAAGACAACUUGAAGAAGAACAAUUCCAGAAUCGUUGUCGUGUCGUCCAGGAUGCAUGAAAUAGAAGCAAGCAUAGACAUAGGCAAUCUAGGACGGUGGGUCGAGUAUAACAGUCGGUUGAACCGAUUGUACAAUAACUCCAAGCUGAUGAAUUUCUACUACGCGAGAGAGCUUUACAAGCGAGGAUUCAACGUGCACGUGCUUUGUCCCGGUUUGUGCCACACAGACUUCUUCCGAAACUACGAUCCCAAGUGGUACCACUACCUGAUAUUCUCUCCAAUAGUUUGGUUGAUGCUACGAUCGGCAGAACAGGGAGCACAAAACAUAAUCUAUUGUGCAACGGAAAGUGUGACCGACGAGAAACGGAAUCCCGUGACGGGGUACUUCAUAUCCAAUGUGAAGAUGAGGAAGUCUAAAUAUCCAUUCGACGAGGAGAUUUCCGAGCGGUUAUGGAAUGAAAGCGUCGAGGCAAUCGAGGAAGCGAGCAGAAAAGGAUGAUGUUUUUAUUGGUGUGGUUAUUUGGGUGUUUCUAACACAUGGUCACUAAACACGGUGGAACUUGGUGUUGGGAUAGAGGACGUUGUAUAUGCGUGGAUGGAUUUAGCUAUUAAGAUAUUAAAUAUACGUUUGCGCUAAAGUGCGCUGAACAAGAAAUGUAUAUAAAUAACUUAAAUAGUAUAUAUAGUUUUACCGCUCUUCCACUCCUGGUACUAUGUACUGAACUAAAACACUCAUCAUUCCGUCACUGUUUCGUUUAACCCACUUUUUCCCAUGGUGAGUUGAAGCUCCAUCAAUUUUCGAGGAACU